AUGUCGGCUCCCAUCUCCCUCCUCACCGCGGCUCUCUUUCUCCUCGCUCGUGCUCCGACCUCCACCGCGCAUAUGGCGGUCUGGCACCCAUCGGUAUAUGGUUUUACACAGCCAUACCAGCCUGUUACUCCUUUGUCGGGACAGCCAUUCUCCAAAUGGUGGUUUCACGGUAACGCCAACGACAAGCCUUCCGAGGUCAUGACAAUCACCGCUGGCCAACCCCUCACCGUCGAGAUUUCCUGCCGCAAAGAACACUCUUCCUACGGGGACCAAACCUCCACCGACGCCUGUCCGGUCGAUUCGGGCGCCUACCACGCCGGCGGUACCACCAACUCCAAGACCGGCUGGACCGGCAACUCCGAGGCCCAACUCAUGGGCUGUGCCCUCGCCAUCGCCCCUACUGCCAACGCGGCCUCCACCAAACCUGAAGACUUUACCAUCAUGUCUGUCCUCGAGAACUGCGUCCGGCAGAGGGACACCACCUUUGACAUUCCCGCCAAUCUCCCGUCGUGCCCGGGGGGAGAAUGCACGUGCGCGUGGUUCUGGCAGGGCCGGAAUAGCCAGGACGAGAUGUACAUGGUGGGAUUUAGGUGCAAGGUGGAGGGUGGGGUGGCGGUGCCGUUCCCGAAGCCGGCGCCGCCGCGGAGGGGCAAGAUAUCGGGCCCGACCCAGCCGGUUUAUUGGGCGAACGAUAAAUCCAAUCUGGACUAUGUACCGGACUACGAAAGUAGGCCGUCGUAUAAUUCCAAGUUUGGCUGGACGGACGGCGCGCAGACGUCGGCGUUUGGUGAGGGAGGUGGAGCGGCGCCGGCUGGGAACUCUACGAGUCAGCCAGAGGCGGAAGGCGGAGAUGGAGAUGGAGAUCAAGGGGAAGGUGCAGAGGGAGACACCGAGGAUGAGGAGAAGGAGGAGGAGGCGACGAACACCAGUACUCGCCGUGGCCGACCGACCGGCGGAUACGGCGGGAACAAGGGAGGCCAAAGACCCUCGCCUGUGCCCGAGGGCGGUGAUGGAGAGGGACUGGGCGAUACCCAGAAUUUGGCCGCCGUCAGUGGCGGCGACAAGACUGCUGUAGCUCCUCAGGAGACUGGCUACAUGGGUGGAGGCGGCAAGGCAGGCUGUAAGAAGCACAAAGAGACAAAGAGGAAGAGGAGGAGCAGGACCUUCUAG